AUUUCAAAAUAGGCUAGUAUCGCUCACCGCAUCGAUAACUACUGCUUGAAUUCAGAAGCUAUCGAUUCGAAGGGCUUUUGAUUCAAGGUCGCCAUAUCCAUCUUGUGGCUUCCGCAUCCAUGCUGCCAUUUGUCCAGGAGAAUGUGCCGGAGAUGCUGCUCCAGCCGGCCCGGUUGGCCUUCUGCGCCAAUCUUCACGUGGGCCGACCGCGGGAUGACCCCACCACAUUGGUUCUAGCGAGGAACCUAAAGUUCUACGAAUUCCGGCGCAAGGUUCUGGUGCACUACAUUGAUUUGAAGGACAAGAAACUAAAGCAAAUAGCCAGCCAACUGGAGGCCUACGACGGACCGCUUUGUCCCUUUCUGUCCAAGCAGGAACCCACUGACGAGAAGGUGGACUGGAGCAUGCUGGAUCCGCCGGAGGAUUUGCCCCUCAAAUUCGGCAAGUUUGUGUGGCAACGGCAGGGCAUCUACCUGCUAAUUCAGUGCUGGAGGCACCUCGUCGUCCUAAAGAGGCCCAAGGAUCACGGGGCCAACUUCGAGCUGGUGGCGGAUCACAAGGAUGUGGUGGACUACCAGAUGGUCGAAGGUCCCAUUCCCUUCCAGGCCGUCGUGGAGCUGGAGUUCGGUAAUGGCAAGCGCCAGCGUUGCGAUUUCCAAGAGGAUUUCUUAAGUGAGGAGCCCAGCACGUCCAAAAAUGCCGGCUUGCCCGCUCAGGAUUUCGAGAGCCUGUUGCAGGAGGUGCACCGUGCCGAAGCCGAGCUCAACAGCCAGCGAAUACAAAACCAGAAGGAAUUCGCCAUCGUCGAAGACCUUCUAUACUUCGGCACGCCGGGCCAGCGUUCGCUGCUCCUUGAGGAGAAGCAGCCGCUGCGACGACUCGGCGAUGUAUGGACUCGGAUCUGCGGCGAUUAUUUCGUUUUUGGCACACUGCUGGUCAACAACACUGGCACCAAUCGGCUCACCAUAGUCAAGGAGCUGUAUCCGAUUGUUGUAAUCGAACCACACACCGACUUCAGCGUGGAGCAUCGCCUGUACGAGCUGCCUCUGCAGGCAGAUGGCCAACCACCCGAGGACUACGAACAGCUGGCGCAGUUUUGGGCCUGCCAGGACCAGCAUAGCAGGCGUCUCAAAUGGCGACCGGUGGAGAAGGAAAGAAUACUACCGCCGGAACGAUCUGCCGCGAUGGUGGUGCGCCUGCGCCUGGUCGAUCUCCUCGAGGCGGAGAAACUCGUAUUGAUAGCAACGUACGAGAUUGGCGAGGAUGCAUCCCCUAGGCAAAUCCAUCUCAUUACCUUCGAUGUGAAGAAACUGCUCGAUAAAACAGAAUCUUUGGCACCCACAUUUUCCCCCGCCACGCUGCACCAAGACUUUUUGGCUGUUAUUAUGACGCACACGGCGCGUUGCUCCCUGAAAUUGGAAUUCCAGUCGGCCCAGGAUUGCAAGACAUUCGAGCAGCUUCUCGUCUCCAAGCUGCAGUUUCAGUUGAUCCAAGCCCAGGAGGCAGACAAGGAGCCGACUUCCGACUUGCUGGACGACAGUGAUCCUGGCUCUCACUUUCAGUCUUCCAACAUCGCCGCCGAUCCUGUCCAGCGUAUUUUCUACAAUCGCCAGCCGCUGUCACAGUGGUGUGACACCUUGCUGCUUCGCGACGAUCCCGGAAAGCAUUGGCAUGUUUACGCCAAAACGGACGAUCGGUUGCGUCUGCUACUGCAUCGCCUGACGCGCGAUCUCCUCCAGCUGCACUGCAACCUCAAUGUGCUAGAGGUCGCUGAGCACAACAUGUCGCCUGCCGACAUGGAGAUGGAGCUGCUAAACAGUCUGUUCGAGGAGAUGGACGCCUGGAAGGUUUUGAGUGAGCCGGCAGCCAGUGUGGAGCAGCGCCGGGAGCAGCUGACGCAGCUCAACAAGGCACAAAUGGCCAGCGAUGUGUUGGCUUCUAUGCUAUUCACCGAUGAUGAUGAUGAUGAUGAUGACAAUAGGGCGUAAAUGCGUUUUGUUCUUCUCUUCGCAUUGGCAAAUCUAUGUAUCUGCUUUGUUAGCAAUGUGUUUUAUGCAUUGUUUAUUUUUAUAAAAACAUUUUGUUGUAUUGCAUUCUUGUCAGAGUUGUAAACAAACAAAUUAAAACAUUUACGCGAAUGUUAAAGCACAUGUGAAUAGGAAAAAGGUUAUAAUAAAUGCAUGACUCGUUGUGUCAUUGUGUCACGAUUA